CUCCUCAACUCAAGCCCAAGGUCGGCCUACUACGACCUCGCCUUCCUUCCUCAACGCCUCGCCGCCGACCGCCGCCUCCACGGCGCAACCGGCAAGAUGACCCGGAAGCCCAAGCGGAAGCUCCCGGCCUCGCCGGCGAGGUCCGACUCUACUUCGCUUGAGCCCUACCGUGGACACGUCUCUCCCUCCCCCGCCCAAUGCCUAGCCGUCCGCGACGCCCUCCUCGCCUUCCACGGCUUCCCCGACGAGUUCGCGCUCUUCCGCCUUCUCCGCCUCGGCCUCUCACCGGAGAACGAGGCUGACCCGCUGACUGAGCGUCCAACCGUCCUUGACGGACUCGUCACCACCCUGCUCUCCCAGAACACCACCGACGCCAUCUCCCGCCGCGCAUUCGCCUCCCUCAAGGCCGCCUUCCCCUCCUGGGAUCAGGUGGUCGACGAGGAGGGGAAAGGGCUGGAGGAUGCCAUCCGGUGCGGGGGCCUGGCGGCGACGAAGGCGGCAAGGAUCCGGGCGAUGCUGAGGGACGUGAGGGAGAGGAGGGGCGCGAUUUGCCUUGAGUACCUGCGGGAGCUGUCCGUUGAUGAGGUGAAGAGGGAACUCUCCCAGUUCAAGGGGAUUGGACCGAAGACGAUGGCAUGUGUGCUGAUGUUCUAUCUUCAAAAGGAUGAUUUUCCUGUAGAUACUCAUGUACUCCGCAUUACAAAGGCUAUUGGUUGGGUUCCUUCAACAGCAACUAGGGAGAAGGCAUACAUUCACCUGAAUAAGAAAAUUCCUGAUGAUCUGAAGUUUGACUUGAAUUGUCUAUUCGUUACUCAUGGCAAGCUUUGUCCAUCAUGUACAAAAAAGCUAGGAGCACAGAAACUCAAGGUUGCCAAUGCUACUUGUCCCUUAGCAAGUUACUGUUGUAUUGCGGAAAAGAUACAGCAAUAGCCAAGGGAACCUUCUAUUGGUCUUGGACUUUCAAAAGAGUAACCCUCCCAACAGCUGUAGUGGUAAAAGAAUUUAUGUUUUUUGGUGCCCUGUACUUGCAUACAUGGUAGCGUUUGGUCGAGAGCAUCCAGUUGUAUGAUUUCUCGGGUUCCACAUCUUGUGUAGUUAUUAGGAAGCUUCCAGCUCUAUGAUGUCAAGCUAGGUCUCGUGUGAACUCAUGUUUACCUACUAGCAGUAAGGAAACAGAAGGAUGUGGUUAAUUUGACUGAAGAACACCAAAAGACUUCGCUACCUAGCGCCUGAUACAGAGAGAAGAUGCUGACAGAUGAAGACCAACCAGUUGUGUAUAUCUGGUAACCUCGCUUUCUGGUGCACAUGACCUCUUGCGCCAGUCGAGGUGGCUUGUGAUUUUCAGAGCAAGCACUUGCUGACUGUGAGCAAAAGAUUCAUCUAAAUGCAACCUGGAGCUGAGUGUCUCCACCCCACCAGCCUGAAAGGGAUGUGGAUUCAGCCGCUCAGGCACUUGAUCUUGACUGGGCAUUGGGAAUUUUGCAUGGACAAGAGGUGGACCCCUGAUCCGCAUUUGAUGCUUGUGAGUAGAGCAAUGUGCUCUGUGAUGUGACUGGAGCAGCUGGGCGGUUCGCUUCUUGCUUACAUGAACUUGGUAAACUCAAGGACUUGCUUUAAAACUUUCAUUAGGCUGUAAGGCACUCCUGCAGGCUAAUCUUGGAGCCUUGCGUUGGUGGGAACAUCUGAUGAGAAAGUGGAGCACUUUUUGUAACCUCUCUCUGAGAAGUAACCACCACUUUCGAGGACAUCUUUAGCUACCCCAUGAAUGAUAGAGUGUGAUCUUUGCUUCAAGUGUUGAGCAUGGCAUCAACGGAAGUGUAGUCACAUCACAGAUAUUAAUACGAUUCUAACU